CGUUUUGUGGUUUUAUGUUCGAUUGGUUUGCAAACGGGAUGAACGUCUAAUUUUUUUUCUUUUUAACAUUUUUUUUUUUAACGUCGACAUUAAGAAGUCGUAAAAUGUUUCUGAGACGUUUAUCAGAUUAAAAUAUUUGUGGUGAUUUUCUUUUUUUUUUUUUUUACAAUAAAUUUUUAUCUUUUAAAGAAAAUAUCCCAUAAGUAUUGCGAGUAAUAUCGUCGUAAAGUGGUCGUGGGAAACUUGAAAAUGUUCCCACAUUACUAUUGCAAUAGUGUGCGUAACGUGUGCGUGUGAAAUUCCUAAAUGUAAAGAUGAACGGUCACGGGCAAGAACACGGUCAUGCAGUAGUAGUUUGGGAAUGGGAAAAUCGUCAUGGACGAUGGAGACCAUAUAGCCCAGCAGUGUCUCAACACCUUGAAAGAGCUCAUUGUAAAAAACUUACAAGGGUCUUCCUAAACGAUGCCGAUCCUAAUUUGGAAAGGUAUUAUAUCAAUUUGAAGACCAAGAUGCAAUGCAGUGAUGAUGGAGAUGAGACGCAUAAUGUAAGAAGAAAAUUUUAUCAUCCUGUAUCGCCAGCAGGGAAAGGUGCAAAAUGGGAAUGGGCUGGGGAUACUGAUGAUUGGCAUACUUAUGAUAUGGAAGUACAAUGUCUUAUCGAAGAAGCCUGGGCACGUGGUGACAAGACUAUUGAUGUUUCUAAGACUUAUUUAGGUUUUCCAUAUAUCAUCAAUUUUUGUAAUCUUACUCAAGUUCGUUGUUGUACCGGUUAUGUAAGACCUAUUCGUCGUGUUCAACAAGCUCCUUAUCCAUUGGUUAAAGUUGCCCUAGAAGAAUUACAAAUUGCUACUGGAAAAAAAGGUGCUUCUGUGACUGUUAAAAGUUCAAGUAAAAUGAUCCAUAAGAAAACAUCUAAUAGUAGCAGCAAAAAGAACAAUAAGAAAAGCAAAAGUGGAGAUACAGGCCCUUCGAAUAUUGCAAGAGUUAUAUUAAAUAAUUUUAACAUAUUUAGUAACAAGCAUAACAUUGACAAUAAUGAUUCCAUUACAACUGUUGAAACUCCUGAUAAAACAAAAACAUGGGACAGCGUUUUGGACGUAGAUUCCAGUAGUACAAAGAGCGGUCGUAGACCUAGCGUUGAUACUGUAUCAACAUAUUUGAGCCAUGAAAAUCCUGUGGAUUUGUUAGACAGCAGUAUGGGAAGCGAUGAUGCAUUCAAAGAAUCUAAUUUUGGUGUAGAUACAACAACGGAUGUAAUAUCUCAGUAUGUAAAAGUAGUUGAAAGUGAUGAUUCUGAUUCAUGUCCUGUAUGUUUAGGCAGUCCUGAACCUCUGACAGUAGAAUUAACUCGUUGCAAGCAUAGAUUACAUUUAGCAUGUUUAAAUGCAAUGCUCAGUUGUCAACAACCACCUAUGUACAUACAAUGUCCAGUGUGUAGAUUAAUAUAUGGAGAAAAAAGGGGUAAUCAACCACCAGGUACUAUGAACUGGACAAGGAUACCAAGAUCUUUACCUGGUUUCCCAAAAACUAAUACAAUACAAAUAACGUACGACAUUCCAUCUGGAGUUCAAGGAUCAGAACAUCCAAAUCCUGGCCAAGCAUAUUAUGCCGUUGGUUUUCCAAGAGUUUGUUAUUUACCAGAUAAUAAUUUAGGUCGUAGAGUAUUAAGACUGUUACAAAUUGCAUUUGAACGAAGACUGAUAUUCACAAUUGGACGAUCUAUUACUACCGGGCGUGAAGAUGUAAUAACAUGGAAUGAGAUUCAUCAUAAGACUGAAUUAGGUCCAUCUACGUCUGGUCAUGGUUAUCCUGACACAAGUUACCUCGAAAGAACUCUAGCAGAGUUGGCAGCUCAAGGUGUAACAGAUGGAUAAUAUAUAUAUUAAAGUUACAUUAUAGAACGUGUAUUCAAAUACUACGAGCAGAUCUGAAUGAAAUUAUGUUACAUGAAAAAUAUUUUUAUACAAAGUUUUGGAGCCAAAAUUUACAAAAAAAAAAAAUUGCGGUUUCUAAUAUAUAAACAUUAUUAUAAUAAUUUUAAAUUAUUCCGAGCCAAGCAAGGAAAUGUUAAAUUUUAUUUCUCGUCAAGUGAAAUUAUUUAAGAUAUAUAAUUAUAUAUUUAUAAAAUAUUAUUUUAUAUAUUUCUUUUUAUUUUUUGUUUAUAUAAUUGGCAAAUAUUUUAUAAGCAGGAGGAAAGAUCUGGUCGAAAAAAGUCUAACUUUAUAUAAUAUUGUUGAAUAUAAUUUUAUUUAUAGGUUUUUCAUUGUAACACAUGUAUAUUGCUUGGAAUUAUUAAUGUUAUUUGAAGUUUAUAUGUACCUUCAAAAAAAAAAAAAAAGAUAAAGAAAUAUAUAUAUAUAUAUAUACACACACAUAUAUAUAUAUACAUAUAUAUAUAAACAUAUACAUUUACAUGAAUUUUAUAGGUUUGUAAGUAUUUAAUUUUUUAUUCUAUUGUGUGGGAAAUUUUUGUAUUCCUUUUAGAUAGAUGGCGCGACUUUCAAGAUAAUUAAAAUGGCUGAAAAUUGAUUUUUCUCUGCAACGUGAAUUCUUAGAAAAUAUUUUAUUUAUUACGUGCAAAAAUAUUUUGGAGAGUUCAUUUAUAUAAUAGCGAGAAAAAAAAGAAGUAAAUAUUCUCCAAGAAAUUUCUAAAGUGGUUUAAUUUUUUAUUCAACGUAUAUACACAGAAAUGCAGAACGCAUAAUCGUAUCGUUUCGCAUCGUUACAAUUGAAGUAGUUCCGAUGUUCUUUUUAGAACAAAAAUUCGCGCCCAAAUGAGUGCUAAGGGGCAGCAUAAGUGUGUUCUCUGUGAUUCAAAAUUAGAUUCCAAAGAAGGAUUACAGGAACAUUUUAGGUAUUCAUGUCAAAUUUUAUAUUUCUCAUUAUAAACAAAAUCAACGAAUCUUGACUGUCCAUGAAAUUAUAGAACAAAUUUAUUUGCAUUAUUUUUAUAAACAAUUUAAGAAAGAAAUUAUUGCUCAUAUGUCUGUUAUAAGAAAUAUUUUAUAUUAUUUCUUCUUAUUUUUAUCACUACAAUAAACUAUGUUACCGAUUGAGUAUUACUCUCAUUGUGUUUUUCAAUCAUAGUUUUGUUUUGAUUUGAGGUUAUCAUAUACAUGACAUAUUUACAUCAUUAUUUAUAUAUUUUUAAGAUUAAAGGACAAUUUUGAAAAAAAAAAAAAGGAAAAGUAUAAUAUGAGCUGAAGUUUUAUCAGAUAUGAAUGGUGUAUGUGGUUUAUAAAAAAAAAAAAAAAAAAAAAAAAAAAUAAAAUAAAAUAAAAAAUUAGAAAUGAUAUU